UUAAAUACCCACCUUCUAAUCCUCUUUCUUCUUGUUUUUCUUUCUCUAUUGAGAAGAGGGUAAAUAAAAUUCAUCAUUGGGUUUACUUUAUUACAUGCAGUGGUGCUCUGUUUCAUCUUCUGUUAAUGGCUGCUGCCCAAAUCUUUCGAAACAAAGAGAGUGAUGAAAAGGGUAACAACGAAGCUAGCAGGAAAGAGAUACAGGCCGCCAUUGCCAAGGCCGUGGAGCUUAGAGCUUUGCAUGCAGCUUUGGUGAUGGGGAACAACAACAGCCCUUCAAAUAAAAAAUACGCUUCUUUUUCAUCUCCCGUUUCUCGCCCUGCUGCUCAAGAGUACCCUGUUUUCACUCCUAGCUACGGAGGUGAAGCAUUAUCGAGAUACCAUACAAAUAACCAAGUUUUAUCUGAAAUUUGGGAUGAGUGUGGCUUGGAAGCAGGAAAUGACACUGAAACUGUUUUAUCAGAUUAUAAGAAAGAGAUUUCCGGUUCGAGGAAAUGUCUCUCUCCGGCUAUGCCCGCCUUCGAAUCGCUUGUUUUUCCGGCAGAAGAUCAAAUGUCCGUUACCGGUUCUUGUGCAAACCACAUCACUGUCCUACAAGCAUCUCCGGGAACUGAAUUCUACAAGUCCACUAGGAGUAGGAGAAACAGUUUGGGGGAUUUCAAGUCAUUGUCAUCUUGCAAUCGAUGCAAGCCAUCCGUUAUAGCGGCCGAGUCCGAACACGUCGUUAGGAACACCAAGAAUUCGAAUACGGUGGUGCCACUAACAUACUCCCACUCUUCUGUUCAACCGAAACCGAGGAACCGAGGGGUGAUUUCGUGGUUAUUCCCCAAGUUGAAGAAGAAACACAAGAACGAGAAAUCGCCGACUCGAACAGAAUCGGGGGAUGUUUCACAAAUAUUCAAGGAAUUUGGCAUGUUAUCGAUUGAAAAAUUGAAGAGAGAGCUGAAUGAAGCAAAUGAGAAUAGGGAUGCCGCAUUGAUGGAAGUUGUUGAGAUGAGAUCUUCACUAGGUGACCUCAAGCAGAAGCUGGAGUACUUAGAAACCUAUUGUGAAGAGCUGAAGAAAGCCUUAAGGAAAGCAACACAAACAAAGGGUUCUCAAAUCAAUGAAAAGCUCGGGAAAGGGAAAUCCAUCAGCGGCGACGGAGAAGACCUGAUGCCGGUCGGCGAAGAGGUAAUGGUAGAGGGUUUCUUGCAGAUAGUAUCCGAAGCGAGAUUAUCGGUGAAACAAUUCUGCAAGACGCUUGUUGCUCAAGCUGAAGAGAGUGGCAGUACUUUAAUGGACAACCUGAACUCACUUCUCCAACCAUAUAAACUCUCGUUGAAUUCGAAGUACUCGAAGGCGGUAUCAUACCAUUUGGAAGCAAUCAUAAACCAAUCACUCUACCAAGAUUUCGAGAACUCCGUGUUUCAGAAAAACGGAUCCCCGAAGCUCUUGGACCCUCAACAAGAUCGCCAAGCGCAGUUUUCGUCUUUCGCUGCACUAAGAAACCUCAGUUGGAACGAAGUGCUGAGGAAAGGGACUAAAUACUACAGUGAGGAAUUCAGUAAGUUCUGUGAUCAGAAGAUGAGUUUGAUCCUUUCGACACUGAAUUGGACGAGACCGUGGCCGGAACAACUGCUUCAAGCCUUCUUUGUUGCUGCAAAAUGCAUAUGGCUGCUCCAUUUACUGGCAUUCUCAUUCAAUCCACCAUUGGGGAUCUUAAGGAUCGAAGAAAAUCGAACCUUUGAUCCACAUUACAUGGAGGAUAUGUUCAUGGAAAGGCAGAAGUCGCAUGGACCGAGUCGGGUUAAGAUCAUGGCGAUGCCGGGAUUCUAUGUUCAGGGAAGGGUUUUAAGGUGUAAGGUGAUUUGCAGAUAUAAAAAUGUAGCUUAAAUUCUUUUCUGAUAUGGUUCUUUCAAGGGCA